CCAGUUCGUUGAAUUCAAAGCUGUGGGCACUUGGAGAGGACGCCGUUGGUUACUAAGCAGGUCAUUUAAACCCGAAUACGUUGAAAUAAGUGCCAUAAACACUAGCUAUAUACAUGUUAGUCGCGUUACAGAGAAUUUGGUAUUUGUCUCCAGCAAGAAAAACCAGCUAGCAAGUAUUCGUUGAUUGAUCCUCUGUUCCCCAACUGAGGUCAACAUGUCUGUUGCCAAGGAGGAGGCUUUAUCCCCAGAUGAGCUGAGGAAGAGGCUUUACCAAACCUUUAAGAAUCGAGGAGUGCUUGACACACUUAAAGUAAGUAUUUACAUUAGUAUUUAGUAUUUUACUACCAAAGACCAUUGUUUCCCCCUUUGUCAAACGUUAUUUCCUUGUUCCAGACGCAGCUUCGUAAUCAGUUGAUCCAUGAAUUGAAGCACCCCAUCUUGAGUGGAGAAACUGUUCCCAGGCCAGUCCCUAUGAAGUCAGACUCUGUCCUGGUCACUGCUUCUAACAGUCUGGUGGUAGAUCAUCUGAGGAAUUCUGGGUAUGAGUACACCCUGUCUGUGUUCUACCCUGAAUGUGGCAUGGGCAAAGAUAAGGUGAGCACUUGCACUUAUGCUUUGGAGCAGUAACACAGUACUAGGGCUGGGAAUUGCCAGGGACAUCAACGAUAAAAAUUAUCAUGAUACCGAUACGAUAUGUAUUGUGAUUCAAUACUGUGAUUUUAUUGCGAUUCAAUGUUCCAAACAUAUUGCUCACUAUAUGUCUGCAGCAGAGGGACAAAAGAAAGCCAUGAAACAAAGGUUAUGAUCAGUCAUGGAAAUAAAAGUGCUGAAAACAAAUUGGCUCCCUAUGUUAAAAAAAGAUGGAGAACAAGCUAUGACAUUUUGGUGCAGGUACAGCCAACUAGCGCAAAAAUAAUAUUGCGAUAUUGUCAAAAUGAUACGAUAUAUCGUCAAAAAUAAUGUCCUGAUAUGUAACUAUCGAUUUCUUUCCCACCAUCACUACGCAGUACUUUAUGUUUGGUCCUGUACAAUGCAUUGUAUUAUGUUGGAGCUCUGAAUGACCCCACUCCAGUAAUGUGUGGUCAGCUUUGCUGGUGCUGAACUCUCAGCUUCUUCCUUUACAGUAUACUCUUUGUUGACUAUGCUCUCAUCUACACCCUGCCAGAUUUUCACUUCAAGAGACCUUCUUCAACUCAUGAAAAUCAGCCCGCCGUCACCCCUUUACAAAUCUCUGGUAAUGACAACAUCUUGGUAAAAUCAUACAAAAUGAUAAUAAUUUGUACCUAUGAUGUGAAUGAUGGUUAUUUGUAUUUUUUUCAACAGGCAUCAAGCACACAGAAAGAUAAUAAGGGUAUGUUGCAUGUUGCGUGAUGUUUACUUUCAUAUUCCAAGCCCCCUGUUGUCAGCUCGAGCAUCCUGUCAUGUCCCUUAUUGAUGUCUCUUCCAGGUUUCCUGAUGAGUCUCCUGAUAGAAUUAACAGACCAUCAUCUGCAUGGAGAACGAUGUGAUGCUGAGACUCAGACCACCACUAUGCCAGCUUAUAGAGAAUCUCUUGGUAUGUAUGAAGCACUCUCAAAUUAACCAAGUAUUACAGUAAAAUACUGCUUGACAUACAUUUAAUAACUAAAUAAUGGACCUUUUGUGUGUGCAGUUGACAAGAUGAAAAUGAUCGAUGAGGAGUAUGAAGCUCUCCGCUACAAAGGGGACAAGUGGGUGUCCUAUGAAUCUAAGCUUGCUGCAUAUCGAAAAGAAGUUGAAGCACAGGUUCAAGCAGAAAUGAAUGCAAAGGUAUGACUCUGUUUCUCAACGCCUCUUUAUGCAUUCUGAUGUUCUAGUGUUGGAAAUGUUUAUAUUGAGAAACGUGGUGCUUUUUGCUUCUUCAGCUGCAACAUUAUAAAGAUGUGGAAAUAGCCAAAGUGAAGAUGGAGGAAAAAGAUAAAUCUCGCAAAGAGAUUUUGCAGCUGAGGCAGGACAUGGAGAGGACUUAUAAGAUGAAGUCAGAGGCAUUGAUCAAUAGGGAGAAGAACGCCAUCGAUCGAUUACAGAAACAACAAGAGGUACUUGAUACUCAGUUCUCCAAUCAUAGAUUCAGUGGCCAAUUCAUGUUCUACUUGGGUCGUUCUAUUUUCUUAAACUUUUUGCUUUCGGUGUUGUGUGGUUAUGUGAUGUUAUGGAUUACUUUGUAUUUCAUUUGUGUUUUUCAGAUUGAGGAGAAAGACGUCUAUAUGCAGAGACAAGCUGUGUUGAAAGAAAUAGAAACUGUGCGGAAUAGAGAAGCUGAGCUGAGGUUAAGGAUGGAGGCUUUUGAAAAGUAAGAUGAAGUCAUAUUGCCGUACUCAUGCUGAAUCAUUGUCAUACUGGGGUUAUCAGGGUUGGUUUAGCAUGUUACUCACAGAAUGCGUAUUCACCACAGGACUUGCAAAAUACAGGAAGACAAGACCAAGACCAUGGAGGACCUGCUGAGAAGAAGAGAGUUUGCAGUGAAGAUGACGGAGGACACCUAUGACCAAAAGCUGAAGAAUGAGCUUUCAAGGUAUUAUGAUGUCAUUUUGCAAAAUGUAGCCUACUUGGACUGUUCUGUACUUUUUUGAGAUAAUAGUUACCUGCUCUAUCGGUUGGAUUUCCCUUCACCUCCCAGCACAUAGAAGGCCUCAUCAUUCCAUGACAUAUAUUCUCUCUGCAUCCAGAAGGUGGCACUCUUGUGUAGAGCAAAAAUAUGAGUAUUCUGACGUUCACCAUCAUAUCCUCUAUGCAUAUUUUGUUGAUGUAUUGUGUGCUUGGAUCCAGUUCAUCAAGGACAAUUAAUUCACCUUCUGAUUCAGUUGAUAAAAGGGAUUGCAGGGAUGAUACUGUACAGUGUAUUGUACAGCCUUGAAAAUUGGGCUAAGUAGCUUUGAAUGCUAAUAAGUUUGACUCUCACCACAUCUAUCACCUCUUAAACCCUACAACCACAAGGUACUUAUUUUUAGAUCGUAAAUCUGGCUAGUAUAGCCAGCUGUCAGUUAGCAUUAGUGUAACAUGCACGAGGACUGGGCACAGAGGCUGUGCAACAAGCAGUCCAGAUGCAUCGCUUCUUGAAUAGAGCAUCUACCCAGUGCCAGUCUCAUAAUGCACUGUCGUGCACUAUCAUGUCAUGGUUUUGAGAUAGGUGGCUCAUUUGCAUGUUACAGUCUAAGUAUAAGAAGUUUGAUGUACGCUAAGCAGUGCAACACUUCAGGAAACUAUUAUGUUACCGUCACGCUGUAUUUAAGCAAUAAGGCCCGAGGAGGUGGGGUAUAUGGCCAAUAUACCACAGCUAAGGGCUGUUCUUAUGUAUGACGCAUCGCGGAGUGCUUGGACACAGCCCUUAGCCGUGGUAUAUUGGCCAUAUAUCACAAACCCCUGAGGUGCCUUAUUGCUAUUAUAAACUGGUUAUCAACGCAAUUAGAGCAGUAAAAAUAAAUGUUUUGUCAUACCCGUGGUAUACGGUCUGAUAUACCAUGGCUGUCAGCCAAUCAGCGUUCAGGGCUCGAAACACCCAGUUUAUAAUAUGUUACAUUACUGUCUUAUAUUACUAACAUGUAGGCCUAUGGCAUUUAUGUUACUGUCAGUCAUUAUUCCAUGUUGUUUAUGUCAAUGCUUUCCUCGUAUAAAUAACCUUAGUGAUUAUUUGGUAUUUCUCUCUAUCAGAUAUCAGCUUGAGUUGAAUGAAGAGUACAUCAAAAGGACCGAAACACUCACAGAGAAUGAGAAAAGAACCAAAGGUCUGUGUUUUUCCUGUAGGCCUUCAUUAUAAACAAUGUAUUAACUGUUGUGCUUUGUAUCAUUUUAUACGAAUGUCUUAUCAUCGCCCAUUCCUUUUCUCUCAGUGGAGACUAUUCGUAUGCAGAAGGAGUCGGCUGCAAUCGAUGCCAAGCUAGAGGAACACCGCAGAGCUUGUGCGGAGUUGAGACAAUUGCAGGUAAACUUGGCAACCAAUGAUACUGUAAUGCAGAGAGUGGCCCUGCUUUGUAGGAUUGUCCUUAGACAUAUUGUCAUCAGAUGGUUCACAGUUUUAAGCUGACUAAGUUCAUGUGUACAACUGAGACAUAACAUGAGAUCCACAGACAUAACAUUUUCACAUACUGAUUUGGCCCUUACUGUAUGCAUGCUACUCUCUGUCAUUUAGAUGGAGCUGGACACGUCCCAGUCUCAGUUCUCUCUGCUAACGCAGCAGAAUGAGCUGCUGAGAGAGAGGCUGGAGACCAUGAAUGACUACCCCACCCUGAGGCGAGAGAGGGUGGAGCAGCAGGCCCAGUUCAGGCUGCUGAAGAAACAGCUGGAGGAAGCUCAGGAGGAGAACCAGCGCCUGCGGGCAGGUGAGGAACGAUGGCCUUACCAGAUGAGAUAGGCUACUGCCUUCUUCUUUCAGUUUUGCAUAGGUGGGCUCAGUCUGGGCGUGUGGGGAACCAGUGACAUUUUCCUUUCCUUUUUGCUUCCAUUUUACCCUCUAGCAUCUCUCUCUGACUAGUCCUUUUCUCUAAGUGGGAAACGUUUGUUUUAUCACUUUCGCUAGUUCAGAGGUUACAUAGUUUAGAGAUGCUCUCUAUUUUCUGGUCAAAUGGAAUGUGUUGAGAAAUAUACAAAUAAUGCAUGAAAUUCUUUUCCAACCCAGAGAGGAUACAGUAUGUCGUUUUUGGCUGUGUGGAGUCUGUAUAGACACUGUAGUGGGAACUAUUCAGUCUACUCUGCCCAACUGGUCUUGGCACUGUGGCAAAGUCUUUUUGGAUGUGCUCUAGAUGACUGUCAAUGCGGGGCCUCUCUGCAGUGUUUGUGGCUUUACAGACGGCUCUGUGAAGUGAAAGCAGGGGGGAUGUGGGGGUGGAUGGGGCCAAGCGACGGAGGGGAGGAGGGACAGAGGGCCCAUGCUUCAUCCCUCUCUGAGGGACACAAUGCUCUUCCUGUCAGAGGAGAAGGGUGGACGGGGGACCAAUGGGCCGCUCUCUUUCUCCCCCCCCUCCCCUCCUCUCUCUUUCUUACUAACAGUAGGCUUCAUUAACCACAGAGUUAGGCUAGUACCAUGUGCUCGAUAAUGUCAACCUCCCAGCACCAUCUCAGCCAAACCAAUGUACUGUAGCUAGCUGAGGAGAUUAACUGGAGCGUAUCACAUAACUUCUGAUUUUCACCUGACAUGAAAGUUUUUGCCACAAAACCUCCCUUGACAUUUCUGGGGCAUUGUCACAAUGCUUUUAAGAAAAAUACUCAACCUAAGCCCAUUAUUACUUGUCCAUAGUUGAAAAGUUAAAGAUUGGUAAUUGGAUAUACUGUACAAUGAGUGCUCUAAUGUGUAAGCUGUUAGCCGGGAUGUUGUGACUCUCCUAUCCGAUUGUCUCCCCGUAGAUCUGGGCAGGCCGUCGGUGGAGCAGCUGGCGUUACAGACGGAGCUGAGGAGGCUGGAGAGUGCCAGGAGGCUGUCGGAGGAGGAGUUUGACAGCCACAGACAGGUGCUGCAGGCCCAGCUCCAUAAUGAGGUCAGUGACACAAUGCUUCUCUGAUAGUGUGGGAAACAAUGUGGAGAGUAGAGCGUCUUCUUCUCUUUAACACACAACUGGCCUGACGUUUAGUUCUUCAUGGUUAUAGUUAGGCCUUACAUCUGGGUUUCGGUCCAAUUGGGAGCCUGCAUGUCAUCUUGCACCUGUUGCAGGGUCUUCUUCUCUGUCUGUAACAUCUUGUUGGCUGUGUCCACCUGUUGGAGGUGUUCUCUGUCUGUAUUAACCUCUUGUUGACUGUGUCUGUGUAUACCAGGUGGAGCGCUCUGCCCAGUUGAAGGCCCAGCUCAUAGAAUGUGAGGAGAGGACUCAGUGGAUGACCACCCAUGCAGAAGACAUCAAGAUGCAGCUCCGACAAACACAACUAGGUACAUGGUCCUUGUGGCGUGUUUUUUUUUUUUUUUUGACAUGGCUAGUCACCCUGAAUCAUGUGUGCAUAUUGUAGUUUCUGGAUCUAGCUCUGCUACACAACUAUGUAUUUUUCAUGAAGCCUAGCCUUUGUAGCUUAGCUUGUGUAGUAGUCUGCAUCUCAGUAGUGGCCUGUCCUGACUCUCUUCAUUCCUGUUCCUUCAUCUGCUCUGAUCUUCAAAAGUUGAACAGGUGAAAGCAAGUCCUACAGUAGGCUUUCGACACACUACUUUCGCUUAAUCGCUGUUCUCAGAUCAGUACAGAUGAAGGAAUGGAGACCAGGAGAGGAAUCCACUUCAUGAUAUUGACAAGCACCCUUAGACUUAGUUUACAAAUCACUUUCUCCAUCUUAUCUCCUUAUGGUGGUUGGUAUUUUGUCUUUGCCCUCAUCUUCUCCUCUUUCUCUCCCCAUUUAUUUUCCCCCUUUCAUCUCUUGGUUCUGUGUGAUUGCGGUGGGCAGCUCUAGAAAACGAGGUCCUGCGUAACCCUAAGCCCUCCCUAGUGGACCGCUCAGUGCUGGAGCUCAGUCCUGAUAAACUAGUGCCCCCUGAUAUCUAUGUGGACAGAGGUGUCCUGAGAGCCUGGGCAGCGGGUUAUGAUGAUGUGUGUGAAGCAGGUGUGAUGCCCUCUCGAGGGCGCAGGCCUCGCUGGGGGCGGAGCAGCUCCCUAGACUCUGACGCUGAGCUGGUGGCCGGGGCCAAGGCCAGGAUCAGAGAGCUGGAGAAGGAGGCGGAGACGCUGGAGGAAGCUUACAGGAACUACCAGCAGAGGGCGGUGUCUCACAUGCUGCCCCCGCGAUGUCUCUCAACCCAACGAGCACCGGCAUCACCCCGCCCUCACUCACCUCAGAGGCAACAUAUCUCUCACCAACGCCCUCGCUCGCCCCAAAGACAACAAGUCACCCCCCACCCUCGGCCCCACUCACCCCAGCAUCCACAGGUCUCACACAGACCUCUCUCCCCUCAACGACAACCCCCUCCCCAGCGUACUAGAGUCCCCACCUCUCCCCAGCCCAGAGUGACCUUCGCUGAAGACCAGGCCCAGCAUCAGUACCCUGGUCCAGGGAGUGGAAGGGACAUCCAGUCCCUGGACUUCAGUGAGGCCCGGUUUUCAGGAGACAGACGCCCCCAGGAAGGCAGCUCCUCUCCCCCUAGACGCCUGUCUUCCACACCCCUCUCCCUCUCCAGGAGGCAGCUUCACACAGAGCCUGUGGAAGGUAGGAGCGUGCAAUCUGUUUUAGUGGGUUGUUUCACUUCAAACGGAUUUAAUGUCCCAAGCGCUUUACUGCAAAAACUGUAAAAUGUGUUUUGGAAAUAAUUCAUUGUCAUUGCUCAAAACAAUGCUUGUCUUGGUGUAUAGUUAGUAUUUUAUAUCCCAUUCAUAACUUGUGAUUCAUUGAGUCAGUCCAUAACAUAUACUGAGUUUUAGUCGACAUCUUGUCAUCUCCAUCUUUUUUCCCACUUUAAGCCCUACCAUUUUAAGCGUUUUGAAACCCCAUAUGACAGUGCUGAAGCUGUAUCUUCUGUCGUUUGCUGCAUUUUGUAACUAACAGUUGCUCCUCCUCUCAUUCUCAGAGGCUGAGGUAUCGUCUGUGGCGUUUCCUGUGCUGUCUCCUGAGAGGCAGCUCUCCCCCCUCCCCCUGCUCCACGGAGAGGUGGCGUGCGCAGGGGAUUUUACCUCCAAUCUCUCCCCACCUCUCAGCCCUCAGCUCAGGAGCACCGCACGAGGCCAAUGCAGGUAGCACCAGGGUUCACCACAUGAAGGGCAUUAUAACAAUAUAUUACGAUUGAUUCAGUUCAGUGGUACAGUUGUUUGUUUGUCUGUAGUCCACCACAGGUACAGCAAAUCAUCUUCUCCAGUUCAGAGUCAGAGUCUUCCCCUCAGCCUGAGAAGAUAACCAUUGAAGAUCUCACAGAGCCUUUGCCAGGUACUCUUAAUCCCAGAUCAGUUUUGUUAUCUUGUGUUGGUGUCCGUCUUGCUUUUUGAGAAGCAGCAGAUGACACAACAGGUGCAGGGUAUAUUCCUGGGAUAUUGUGCUGGGGGUGUGUUCUGUUUUAAUAUGUACUUGAAAUUGGACCAAAAUGACUCAUCCAUCUCUCUUUCUUCAAUAUGGGGUUUAGUUUACAUAAUACUUUUCACUACUGUAAUGUACUUCAAUUCACAUUAUGUUGACUAUGUGCUACUACGUACAUUUUAUUGUACAUCGUCCCCCGUCCUUAAAUAGUGGGAUUUACUUCAUAACCAGUCAACCUUUCCAUUCUACCGUGAAAAAUACAAAGCACUAUAACACCAAGCUGAAUUAUGAUUGAUGUGUCUGUUUCCAGUCGUAUUAUUACAUUCCACUAUAUAAUCUCUGUUGACCGUAACCAUUGAACGGCAUUAUGAUUAAAAUGUCACCUUAAUUCGUGGGCAGCUGUUCGCCAUGCUGGAGUCAGUCUAUUAAUAUCUGCUGUGGCUUGGAGAUAUCUGAGAUGGCAGAAGCCUUCUCUAUAGGACGCCAGGCAGAGAUGACACAGCCCUCUGUGCUCCCAGCAUGCUUUGCUUCCUAAACAUACAGCACCUGUGCGUUUCCCCACUGUAAUGCUGUAAUACUGGAAUCAUACCUUGGGAAGGGCAGGGGCGGGCGGGGGGGCAGCAGCACCUUCAGCACUGCAGGAAUGGUGUUGGGAUAUUUGCUUGUGUUGUUGACCAGUGGCAUUGAAAUAUUCACAUAUUUCAUUAUAAAUGAUGCAUCCAAGGUUUUCUGCAUCUGAUGUUGCAGAUUGACUGAUCCAUAUUAGAUUUGGGAGUGUUUGCAAAUCCAGGCAUGUUUUCACCUAUGAGAAGCAUCUUAAAAUCUGAGUGCUGAAUCAGUGCCAACCAACAGAGGGUACGGGCCAUAUAGUAUGCCAUAUGUCUGCCCAUACCAAAUGCCCCUCCUAACCCCAUAUGUUGCCUUCAUUCUCAUACUUUUACUGGUGAAUCCCAUUUAGAAUGACUGCUAGUAAUGCAUAUCAGUUUAAGGUGGCCUUAAUCAGGAAUUACUCUUUCCAUACAUUUACACAGGUUAUCUAUAAAUCACUGUAACAACAACACAUACUACUAAAUCAGUUAUGUCUGUUUUCAAAUGGCUGUGUUUUAAUGAAUGUGUGACUGGCCUCCAGAGUGUCCUCACUGGCCCGGCACAAUGGAUGAAGGGCAGCUGAUUAUGUAUUCUGUGUUGGUCCUCCUGGCCUCACUGCUUUAUGGCCAGAGCAUAAAGGGCCUCAUUGUGACUCUCUCUCUCUCCCCCCCACCCUCCAGAGCCCAGACACAUUCCAGAGCUGCUCCUGGACACGGCAGGCCCUGAGGAGGAGGCCCUUGAUGGGCCCCUGACUGUCCCCCCAUCUCGGGCCCCUUGGGACCUCACAGAGACUCAGCUGCAGGGGGGUUAGUAAUGGAGCACAUCCCCUCUCCCUAGAAGAGCACACCCAACUUUUAGACUAAUUGAUCUGUCACCCCACCCACAAUGCAAUGGCCAUACUCUGGCCAUGUUUUAUCCAACUUGAUGUUUGAUAACUCACCACUAUACUGCAAUAUGGUAGUCCCGUUUAAAACCACUGUGCAGGGAGCACCGAUUCAGCUCAUUCUUUUAACUCAAGUGAACCCACUUUGAUUUGUAGAAGUUCAACAAACUCUGGAUGAACCUGCCAGACAGGAGGAGGAAGAGGAGGAGCUGAGGUGGGAGCGAGAGAGGAGAGAAAGAGAAGACAAGCGACGGAGGGAAAAGGAGGAAGCCCAGGAGAGGGAGCUGAGAGAACUGGAGAGAUUGGAGCAAGAAAGGGUAGGGAUGAACUACUAGACUGUUGCGCUGACAUUCACCUUUAUUGAUUUAUUCAUUAAUUUCCAAGUUUUUAGACUCCUUCUAAAAUGACCUUAACAUUGAUGGAUUGACCUAUCUGUUUCUUAGCUAUUGGAAGAAGUGCAGCAGUAUGAAGAGGUGGGGGAAGAUGAGGAGAGAGGAGGGCAGGAAGAACCGAAGGAGGCAGAAGAGCCUCAGGAGGAGAAAGCCCCGUCCUCAGACAAAGAUCCACUCCAGAAGUACAUGAAGAUGAUCAUGGAGCAAAGACGGAGUCAGCAUGUACAGGUGCGACACACUCACACACACUUUUCUGUGAAGACCUGUUGGUGUCAACAAAUCUGCUGACAAGCUUUGUUUUUCUUGUGGAACUGAAGCAGCAGGUGAGUGUAUCCAGUGGAGUGUUUGAAUUUGUGUUGUUAUUUUAGAGCCCUGCUGGUAGAGAGGAGCCAGAACACAGGAGCCCUGAGGCCAAGAGUUUGUCUGAUGAGAAAGAUGACAGGUAAGUCUAAACAUUUCACAGUGCUUGUCAGAGAGGAGAAGAGUUUGGCAGAUUUGAGAUCUGGCAGAGAGACUGUCAGUGAGGUUUCCUGACUCACUUCACAAGAAAGGACCUCCUCUCCUCUGAUAUACCAGUAUUUUGGUUUUUAGACCAAUUUAUCAAGAACGUGUUUUUCAAUCCUAUCCAUAGACUAAUACUAAUAAACGAUUAUUCUAUUCCUCUUUAGCGUUGCUUUCUCACAUGAAGAUGCAGAUGAGUUCUGGUGAGGUGGUACAGAGUGUGAAGACGUGUGUGCGAAAGGUGCAAUACUACUGUACGUCUUACUUUAUUGUUUUUUUGUAUAAAUGUCAGUCUUGGUUCAUUAACUAAUAAACCUUUGAUUUAUAAAUGACACAGUGCCUCAAAGUGACUUAUCGACACUUGCUUACAACUUUUGCGUGUGUGUGUGUG